UUUUUUGGUAUUUUUAAUAUUCUCUUCCCCAUCUUAACCAAUACAAUUCUUACUUUUAGCAGAAAUUAGUGAAAUGGAAGCUCAGUUCUUUCGGUUUCUAAAGAUAGUGGGAGUUGGUUUCAAAGCAAGAGUUGAAUCUGAAGGGCGUCUUUUGUUUCUGAAAUUGGGUUACAGUCAUGAGGUGGAAUUGACAGUUCCUCAUGCAGUUCGAGUAUUUUGUUUCAAGCCUAAUAUUGUAUGUUGCACUGGAAUCGACAAGCAAAUGGUGCACGAGUUUGUUGCUGUUGUUCGCAGUUGUAAGCCCCCUGAAGUUUACAAAGGGAAAGGUAUUAUGUAUGUUGAUGAAGUUAAAAAGAAGAAACAGGGAAAGAAAUCAAAAUAG